GAUCUGAUAUGCUGUUCCAUAGAUUUUAUUAAAUCUCGUGAACAUUAAAAUAAAUUUCUUUCUUUCUUUUCUUUCUGCAUGGACAAUGGACAAUGACGGAAACACGUUAGCUUUUGGUUUUCCAAAAGCUUAACGUCGAAGAACAUAUAUAAAGCUCAUAUGACCGCCGGCUUAGAGCUAAUAAAAACGCAGGGCAUCUGGUCGAAUUGCGUGGCAAAGCUGUCAUAUCUGCAGCUUACAAUUUGUUGCCCUGAAACAGAUAUACGUUCUCAUGCCUGUAAAUAAAUAAAUGAUCAUGGAAACCUCGAAGCUUGCAUGGUUCCGACGGAAACUUGGCUUAGAAACCCUGCCAUCUGACGAAGGGAAGCGAAAAUUGGAAGAACAGAAUCGAAGGCUCGCAGAGCAAAAGUUGGAGGAAGAGUGGAAUCGAAUAAUUGAGGAGCUCCAGGCGUUGUGCAUAGCCGUGAAAGCAGACGGAAUUACCGAUUUGCAGCAUAUAUUGUGCUCCAUGGUUCUUUCGGAAUGCGUUUACAAGAGGGACGCGGCUGUUAUGAUCGACGCGGUUAAUAAAUUCAAGGAAGAUUUUGGCGGGUACCUUGUAAAUUUGAAACGAGUUCAGCCGUGCUUAGACCAUGUCCCUCACAGGUAUUUAUUGGCAGAAGCAGGUGACACCCUUUUUGCUUCUUUCAUCGGAACAAAACAGUACAGGGAUUUCAUAACAGAUGCAAACAUAUUCCAAGGAGCUGUCUUUCAGGAUGAUACUCAGGAAGAUAAUCAACAAAAUGAAGAAAGUCGAUCAAGUGAAGAAAGUGAAGUCACUGCAGCAAGUAGCCAAAAAGGGACAUUGUAUCAGGGUGGUCGGUUAGGAUCAAAUCCUGAGAGAUCCAUACUGCAAAGAAAGGAACAGGAAGGUGCUUUCACUCCUGCUGCCCAUAGGGGUUUUCUAGGCCGUGCCAAAGGUAUUCCGGCUGUAGAGCUAUACAGACUUGCACAAAAGAGGGAUCUAAAGCUUGUACUUUGUGGGCAUUCGAUGGGUGGAGCAGUUGCAGUGCUAGCAACGCUUGCUAUUUUAAGGGCUUUUCCAUCAGCUUCGUUAGUGAAAGAUGGGUAUGACAUCCCCAUCAAGUGCAUUACAUUUUCACAACCUCCUGUUGGAAAUGCUAAACUAAGAGAUUAUGUUCAUGGGAAUCAUUGGCAAUUUCAUUUUCGGACAUACUGCAUUCCUGAAGAUAUAGUACCUCGAAUUUUGUCGCCAGCUUACUUUCAACAUUAUUUUGGACAAUUAUCAGAAAAUAAUUCUCAGUAUGGUAGCUUUAAUUCCUCUUCAGAAAAUGUUGGUAAUCAGUCAAAUGUUGAUAGAGAAAGGCUGCAAAAAUCUAAGCAAACUGAGGAUGAGAGCUUGGUAUUGGGUCUAGGUCCUGUUCAAAACUCUUUACAGAGACUGUCCAGAUUGGUCCCUCUAUCAGGAGUUCAGAAACAACUAGAUUGGCUUCGAAGAAGUAAAAAAGAGACCAAGACUUCAGAACAAGGAAACUUGGGUUCAAGUUCGAAAGAAUCUUCAUCACCAGUUGUACAAUCACUAGAAAUCCAAGAAGGGGCAGAUGGCCUAUCUGUUAGACAACUUCCUAAUGUGGAUGAAAGCUCCUUCAGGAAAAAUGAAUUGGCUGGAGCAAAGGAAACGAAAGGUAGAGAAAAUUUAAAAUGGCACAGAAUUCCCAGUUUCCCUACUUAUGUUCCUUUUGGUCAGCUGCAUUUGCUGGCAAAAUCAUCUGUGGAACCGUUAUCUGCUUCAGAAUAUGCUAGUCUAACAUCGGUUCAGUCUGUCCUUACGGAAUUGAAGGAGAGGUUUCAAGCACAUUCCAUGAAGUCCUACAGAUCUCGUUUUCACAGGAUUUGCGAGCUUUGUGUGUCUGACAAAUCUUUUCAGACUUUUAGGGUGGAGCACCUUCCACAACAGGAUAAUUUACAUCAGUGGCUGGGAUUUCCAUAUGCAGGUACCGUUGAAAUUGGAAUUAUUGCAGAGACACAUAUUAUUCGAACAGCCAUCUCUAUUGUACCACUUGGCUGGAAUGGUGUUCUUGGUGAGAAAAAUGGUUCCGAACCAUUGAGGGUGGAUGUCCAUGGAUAUGGGUUGCACAUGUGUACUCAUGUUCAAGCUCAAGUAGAUGGGCAGUGGCGUUCAACUACAGUGAAAGCAUUCCCUCCAGCUCCACCUCUUUCUAGUUAUGGAACACGGCCUAUGCUACAGAAAAUGUGUAUCCAAAUUGGUGCACCUCUUAAACAAGUGCCAAUGCAGCAACAGAGGGCAUCAUCUCUACAUUCAAGUGCAACUUUGGCAGAAGGAUUUGCCAAUCAUGUUGCGAAUCCUAUAAAGUCUACAUUGACUACUGGAUAUGGGUUUUCUGAUGAAGCUGCAAAGAGUAAACUUAAAGACCUUAAUGAAGUAGUUAUUUAUUGUAGCAGUGACUUUGUGACAACAUCUAAGAAAGCCCAUUUGAGAAUUCGUCGUGUUAGACUAUUGGGAUUAGAGGGUGCUGGAAAGACUUCUUUGUAUCGUGCAUUAUUAGGACAGGUUCGAGAAAUGACAAAUUUUAAUCAUGAGGAUAUCCUUCCAGAAACUAAUUAUCAAGAAGAUAUUGCUGGAGGAAUCAGCUUCAUUGAUUCUGUGGGAGUGAACUUACAGGAUUUACCUGGGGAGGUUAGUCGGCUGAAAAAGGAGCUUUCUUUUGGUCGAGGUGAACUCGACAAGAAGAUUGAUCUUGUUGUCCUUGUCCAUAACCUUGCACACAAGAUACCUCAUCUGCAUCACAGAGUGAAUGCCACCCGUCCCCGUCCUGCACUUCUGUUGCUUAUGGAUGAAGUUACUGCUGCUGGUAUUCCAUGGGUCCUUGCCAUCACAAACAAAUAUGCUGUUAGUGCAGAUCAACGAAUGUCAGGAGCAAGUGCUGUUAUUGAAAUUUACGGAUUACCCUCAAACAUGUCUGCGAUUCUUAAUUCAUGUGCCUAUGCAGUUUAUGGAACUGGAACUGAAUCAUGCGCAUUAAGGAUGAUCCAAGGGGCAGCACAGCGGUUGAUUCAAGCUCCUAUGAAUCUUGUCCAAAUGCCUUUCCGGAAGAAAGAAAUUAUCUUACCAGUUGAAGGAGUGAAUACCUUGCGGAAAAUAAUACACAAAGUUCUUAUCAGCCAAGAGGAUUAUGCCUUCGAGGAACUUGCAAAAGAGAGAUUGUUGAUUGAAGAGGAAAAGGAAAAAAGGGAGGCAGUAGUUGUGGCCAAUUCUUACAGAAUAAGUGAUACAGCCAUAGCGGGAACAAUGGGUGCUGGUUUGGGGAUUGUUGUAGCAAUUAUAAUGGGUGCAGCCUCAGCUUUCAGAAGGCCUUGAGAGUACUGGCCCUUUCUCAGGAGAAAGAAACGCAUGAUGUGGGAGUUCAGUAUAGUCUCUUAUGCUAUUUUUCUGAAUACCAAAGCAUUGUAUUUUACAUGAGACCUCAUUUUCAUACCCUCCCAAAUUUAUUGAUUUGAUUGGAUUAGUCACUUCCAAACAAUAGAAAAAAGAAAGAAAGUUCACUAUGAAUACAUGAGCAUUGAACAAUUAAAAUAGCUUGAGAUAAAAAAAUUUGUACAGCCCAAUGAUAUUAAUUUUUUUUUUCA